ACGUUUUGGUGGGGCAAAAUCCUUCAGCAACUGCAGCAUCAGGGACUUGGAAACCUUCCUGAAGCGCGAAGGAGGCGAGUGCCUUUUCCAUGCACCCCGUUUGACCGGACCGUCCUCCCGGAGAGCAUCCGUCUGCGGCAACGGCGUGGUGGAGCCCGGCGAGCAGUGCGACUGCGGGGCGGCCGAGGCAUGCUUGAAGGAUAAAUGCUGUACUACAGCGUGUCGGUUUAAGCCAGGAGCGAAAUGUUCCUCUGGAAUAUGCUGCAGUGAAUGUCAGUUCAAGCAGAAGGACGCGCAGUGCCGCCCCGCCGCCGACGCGCAGUGUGACCUGGCCGAGUUCUGCAACGGGUCCUCCGCCUCCUGCCCCCCCGACCUGUACGUGCAGGACGGGCACGGCUGCGAGCACGGCACCGGCUACUGCUACAAGGGACGUUGCCAGUCUCCGGACCUGCAGUGCCAGCGCCUCUACGGGAAAGGUUCAAAAAAUGCUCCUGUGGCUUGUUAUGAGGAACUUAACAGUCAGCGGGACAGAUUUGGGCACUGCGGGUUCCAGCCCCAACAAGGCUAUAAGUCCUGCGCGUGGAGGAAUCUCAGAUGCGGGAAGUUGAUCUGCACAUACCCCCACAGCACUCCGUUUCCGUCAGAUGCCGCCGCUGUCGUUUACGUCCAAGUGCGCGAGCAUUUGUGCGUGUCUUUGGAUUAUUUGAACGCGCCGGCACAGCUGGAUCCUCUUCUGGUUCCGCCAGGUACAAAAUGUGGUUCUGGAAAGGUGUGUAUAAACAACACUUGUCACCCACAUUCGGUCCUGGGAUACGACUGUGACAGCAAAGUGAAGUGCCAUGGCCACGGCGUGUGCAAUAACAAGGGGCACUGCCACUGCCACCCUGGCUGGAAGCCCCCUGACUGCCGACAGAAGGGAUCCCACGCCGGGGGAAGCAUCGACAGUGGCUUUCAAGAGGGGGAUGGAGGGGG